AUGGAGAGAGACAUGAACACACCUAAUUCAACUCAAAAGAACCCUGCAGUAUCGCAAUUAUACGGAUUGUCCAAGACAGGCGAAGGGUCGAAGGAAGGAUGGGGUUCGGUCGAGGUCGAGAGGGGAUUGUCGAUUCUACGAAGCGCUGAGGGUAGGUCAGCGGUGGCAUCUCCAGAGCCGAAAUGGGGUCAGGGGAGUCAAAAAGGUGCUGAUGGCGAUUUGUUCGAGGGGUUGCUGGAUGGAAGGAAGAAGGUUGAGGUGGGUGCGUACGAUGGUUUCACCUAA